AUGGCUGACUGUUGGAACACAGAUACCGGAGACUCCGUGUAUCGGUCCAGGGAUGCUGUCAAGAACUUGAAAAUAAAAGUGCGUGUAGAGAGGGUGACCUCUUCAGCAGCAUUCUCUCAGCAUCUCCAGCACCAGGUUCUGUCCCAGCAAGAAGACAGGAUGGGCAUUGAACUGCAGACCCUCAUAUCACAAGUUCAGACAGGUGAUAAUGAAGAGGAGGUUGUUGUAGGCUGGCAGGAGAAACUGUUCAGUCAGUAUGAAAUGGAGCUGUUUCAAAAUGAGGCAGCAUGUCAGACACCUUUAGACCGCCAGUACCACGCAGAAAUCAAGGCCCUUCUUAAGGCCAAGGGGCAGCGUAAUCGCAGGAUCUUCACAUACACGGAUCAUGACCGCUACACCCACUGUCUUCCACUCCAACAAAUGCAGGAUGCUGACUUACUGUUCACAUCAAAAUCGGGUCCCACCUUCCUGGCCGAGAGGAUGGCCAGCGUGAGACACAGACGACCAGAAAGACGCACCACGGAUAGUAUCCCUAAGUCAAGAAUCAUCAACUGGGAACCCACAGAGGAGUUUGUGAAGAGAAGUCAUGUGGUGAAUAACGCCAUGCAGACCAUGCACAUCAUGGGAGACCUGGGCCCAACUGGGAGCCUCGGCCAGAAAGAGAACGAGUGUCUGCUGGUCACUGUACGAACAGAUGGCAGUGGAACAGUUAUUGUAAAACCAGAUUUCAACAAAGGCAGAGCGCCUUACAGGAUUAUAACAGAGGGUGAGAAGAGAGAAGUAUGGCGUCUAACUUUGGAGAAUGUAUCCGCAGCCAUGAAACCAGAGGAGAAAGGAAGGGAGCAGAACAUGUACAAAGAUCUGUAUGUGAGGCACAAGGAGUACCUCAGUAGUCUUGUUGGACAGGACUUUGAAAUGCCUCCUGUUGGUACUCUGCGUUACGUGAUGAAUGGAGAGAUUGUUUCAGCUAAAGGUUUUGAGUAUGAUAACCUAUAUAUCCACUUCUUCAUGGAUCUUCCCAAUAAUUGGUCCAGCUUGCCUUUUUAUACUCUGUCAGGCGUUACCCAAACCUGCCGAACCAAAUCAAUGGGAAAGGAAAAUGUAGCUUUCUUCAGUUACCCAUUCAACCUUGAGGCUUUUUACAUGAGUGAAAAAGAAAGUGACGAGUUAAUUCCCCAGUGGCCAGUGCUUUACUUCAAGGUUCUUUCUCUUGACUCCUGGCAACGCUAUCGAACUGAGGGUUAUGGCUACCUGCUUUUUCCUGCCCUACCUGGUAAACACACAGUGACGUGUCAAACAUGGCGACCUCUUCAGACCGGGACGGUUUCUGCACUGAGGCGCUUCUUUAUCGGCGGUUCUGCAGAGCUUGAAGAUCUCAGCUACGUCAGAACACCUGGAACCUUCAAGGGGGAGAGGUUGAGUCGUUUUGGCUUUUGCACCCAAGCCACAGGAAGUGUCUCCUUUAAUCUGCACUGCAUGCAGCAAGCCAGAGCCUUUGUUGACGCCACCUUACUGAAAAAGAGGAGACAGAAAGUUGUGGAUCAGCUGGGAGGAUUCAGUCAGCAAGGAGACGUUUGCAAUGUGUUGGAGGCCUUCCAAAGAGCCUACAGAAAGCUGCAGCAAGCCCGAGAUAGCCUUCCACAAGACCUCAUCCACUCCACCCAGCUCCAACAGGAAUCUUCUGCAUAGGUGUUGAAAAUAAAGUUAAAAGAAGAAGCUAUAUCAUUAUA